CUCUCUCUCUCUCUCUCUCUCUCUCAAUUAGCAUAAGCAUAAGAAGAGAUCGAUAGAAUAAGAGGAGCAUGGAGCUUGGAUUAAGCUUAGGAGACUCUUCAAGGCCUUUCGUUGGGUUCAUGGAAAAGCCUCGUAGUGAACCUUCUUCCAACCAACUUGGAUUAGGCUUCACCACCACCACCUUGUCCAUUGGACCAAUCAUCACUACUAAAAGACAAAGGGAUCAACAAGAACAACAACUACAACAACAGGAACAUGAAGAUAAAGAAGAAGCAAAACCAAAGGACGACAACCCUCAUCUUCAUCAGCUUGAUUUCCUUCCUCAGCUCUCUCUCCCAUGGCACCCUUCUGAAAACGGUAGAGUGUCAAAAGGUUUGGACGUAAACGUGCUGCCGCUGACAACCGUGGCGGCGACGGCGGCGGCGGGGGCAGAUGAUGAGGUUGAGGAAGGGGAGGCGCUGUCAUCGUCCCCGAAUAGCGCAGCGUCUUCCUUUCAGACGGAUCUAUGCAUAUUUGGUGGCGGUGGUAGUUACAGCGGUGGUUCGGGAGGAAACUAUUACAACUACGGUGGGAAAAGAGAUCACUCUGAUGGCGAGGGUUAUGAUCACCAAAGGGAUUGUUCAAGAGCAAGCGACGAAGAUGAAAACUGCGGCCGUGGCGGCGGCACAAGGAAGAAACUCAGGCUCUCCAAGGAACAAUCCGCUUACCUUGAGGAGAGCUUCAAAGAGCACAACACUCUUAACCCUAAACAAAAGCUUGCUCUUGCUAAACAACUCAAUCUUCGGCCUCGCCAAGUUGAAGUCUGGUUUCAAAACAGAAGAGCAAGGACAAAGCUGAAGCAAACUGAGGUGGAUUGUGAGUAUUUGAAGAGGUGCUGUGAGACACUAACAGAAGAGAACAGAAAGCUUCACAAGGAGCUUCAAGAAUUGAGGGCUCUAAAGACUUCAAACCCAUUCUACAUGCAGUUACCGGCAACAACGUUGACCAUGUGCCCUUCUUGUGAGCGUGUUGCUACAAAUCCUUCUUCGAAUAAUUCUCCCUCACCAACUCCUCCUUCUAAUAAUAAUUCUAACAAUAAUAAUAUUAUUAAUAGUAAUAAUGACUCAAAUUCAAAGGUCAUUGGAUUCCCUCUUGGGAAACACACGUUUCAUCCUUUUGCUCACACCACACAACCGCAACAACAUCAUCCACAUCAGUCCACAGAAUCGUGAAUCAUGAAUGUAUAUGAUCAAGACCACCUUGAUGAUUGCAAUGGAGUUGAAACUUGGAAAUUGAUUUCAUUUUUGUACAUAAGGGAAGUUCCUUAUAUAGUCCUUUUCUCGUUUUUUUUUCUUUCUUUCUUUUAUUUUAUUUGUUUAUAUAGAAUUAAGAAAAUUGGGUUUGUUAUAGUUUGAAUUUCUAGAUAUUUUCCGUUCUUCCUGAGUUUUAUUGAUGGGAUGAAGUCAGAAAAAAGGGAAGGAACAGAGGAACAAAAAUUUUUAUUUAGACAGGGAAAGUAUAUAAAUAUCAGGGAAGGAAUUGAAAUGAUACUGGUUGUCAUAGAAAAUCCAUAGUGUGUGUUGUGUGGUUAUUUUUGUCUGGUUUUUAUUUUAUUUUUUUGGUUG